AUGUAUGAGUUAGAAUUGCUGGCUAGUAAAGCUGUCCUCACGCGUUUACGCAGAGACAACAUGAGUUACUCCAUUGCCACCCGCACCUACCAGACCAACACCAACGCCUUCUUCAGGCCCGUGGAGAAGACUGUCUGGAACUACGCCAACGGCGGCACCUGGACGCCCGACUCCGCGCAGCAAACGACCCUCACCAUGGGCGGCAGCGGCACGUCUGGUAUUCUCCGCUUCGCCUCUGACAGCGGCGAGAGCCACGCCGUCGUGCUGGGCGUGCACAACUACGUGCGAUGGUGCGACAUCAUCACCGAUAUCCCCACCAGCCAGACGGCGACUACGCUCCACCCGCUGUACUAUGCCGGAGGUAACGCCCAGUCCGCGCAGAGGGAGAAGCAGCUCGCGUCGUGCAGCGCUACCGCCAAGAAUGGCAGGACGGUCAACGUUGUGUACACUGUUGCCACCGGAAACAACCUCAGUGCUAACAUCGUCAUUGGAUAA